CCUCUCGACUCCAAACCACACCCUCCAUCUUCACAUCCUCUCUCUCUCUCUCUCUCUCUCUUGAUAACCACCAAAUCCACAUCUACAAACUCUCUCUCUCUCUCUCUCUCUCUCUGAAACUCAAUUUUUCUCGCUACAAUGGCUGUUGAUUCGGCAUUGGAAUCUCCUCUGGGUCCGGCGGCGUGUGAGAAGGAUGCGAAGGCGCUUCGGUUCAUCGAAGAGAUGACUCGAAACGCGGAUUCGGUUCAAGAGAAGGUUUUGGGCGAGAUACUGAGCCGGAACGCCAAAACGGAGUAUCUCCAGCGAUUCAAUCUCUUUGGGGCGACCGAUCGGGAGACCUUCAAAUCCACGAUUCCGAUGGUUAAGUACGAAGAUCUUCAACCUGAUAUUCAAAGGAUCGCUAACGGCGACCGUUCCGCUAUCUUGUCGGCUCAUCCCAUCUCUGAAUUCCUCACAAGCUCUGGGACUUCAGCCGGUGAAAGAAAGCUCAUGCCCACCAUUAAGGAAGAGUUGGACCGUCGUCAGCUGCUAUACAGCCUUCUCAUGCCUGUGAUGAACCUCUAUGUUCCGGGUUUGGACAAGGGCAAGGGGCUGUACUUCUUGUUUGUGAAGUCCGAAACAAAGACCCCGAGCGGGCUUCUGGCUCGUCCGGUUCUCACAAGCUACUACAAGAGCGAACACUUCAAGACCCGACCCUACGACCCAUACAACGUCUACACCAGUCCGAACGAAGCGAUUCUCUGCUCCGACUCGUUCCAGAGCAUGUACACCCAGAUGCUGUGCGGCCUUCUGGAGCGCCAACAAGUCCUCCGCGUCGGGGCCGUGUUUGCCUCGGGCCUGCUCCGCGCCAUCCGGUUCCUCCAACUCAAUUGGCCCGAACUCGCCCACGACAUCCGCACCGGAACCCUCAACCCAAAAAUUACCGACCCGUCACUCCGGGAAACCAUGUCUAGGAUGCUAAAAUCCGACCCGGAUCUCGCGGACUUUGUUACGGAGGCGUGCUCAAGGGACAAUUGGGAGGGAAUCAUCACUAGAAUUUGGCCCAACACAAAGUACUUGGACGUGAUUGUUACCGGGGCUAUGGCCCAGUACAUUCCGACCCUCGACUACUACAGCUGCGGUUUACCCAAGGCUUGCACCAUGUACGCUUCGUCGGAGUGCUAUUUCGGGCUCAAUCUAAACCCCAUGUCGAAACCCUCGGAAGUCUCGUACACCAUCAUGCCCAACAUGGCCUACUUCGAGUUCCUGCCCCACGACCCCAACUCAUCAACCGCGUCGCGGAAACUCGUCGACCUCGCUGACGUGGAAGUGGAAAAGGAAUACGAGCUCGUGAUCACCACCUACGCGGGGCUGUGCCGGUACCGAGUCGGCGAUAUCCUCCGGGUCACCGGGUUCCACAACUCAGCCCCGCAGUUCCACUUCGUCCGCCGGAAGAACGUGCUGCUCAGCAUCGACGCGGACAAGACUGACGAGGCCGAGCUGCAGAAGGCGGUGGACAACGCCUCCGAGCUGCUGCGCGAGUUCAAGACGAGCGUGGUCGAGUACACGAGCUUCGCCGACACUAGGACGAUCCCGGGUCACUACGUGAUCUACUGGGAGCUGCUUGUAAAGGAGUCGGAGGAGUCACCGGACGAUGACGUGCUGAGCAAGUGCUGUUUAGCUAUGGAGGAGUCGCUCAACUCGGUGUACAGGCAGGGCCGGGUCGCGGACAACUCCAUCGGGCCGCUGGAGAUACGGGUGGUCAAGAGCGGGACGUUCGAGGAGCUCAUGGAUUAUGCCAUAUCGAGAGGGGCGUCCAUUAACCAGUAUAAGGUGCCGAGGUGUGUUAGCUUCACUCCCAUCAUGGAGCUGCUCGACUCGAGAGUGGUGUCGGCCCAUUUUAGUCCGGCAUUGCCGCAUUGGACUCCGGAACGCCGCCGGUGACCGUGGACCUCUUCGUCAACAAAAAGAUUCCUCGAUCAGUUCAAAAAAACAAAUGAAAAGAUUCCUUGUGGUGUUUACGUCUUGUUUGUUUGGUUCGUUUAAUUUUCUUUGUGAUCCAAUUUUUUUUUUUCCCUUGUUAAUUAGUAGCUUUAGAUCGUAGGUACGUACGUUGUAAAGAUGUAACUGUACGUUUAGUGCAUGUUAUUACGUAUCUGUUAAAGUGGUUUCACGAAUGAUAUGCUAAUUAAUUGUUCUUU